AUGACUCUGUCGAUCCACUCGACGUCUCCUCCUUCUGAUGAUCUUGUGCUCAUAAGCACAUUGUUAAACACCAGCAAGGAUCCUGUCGUGAGCAAUGAGCAGAAAGCAGGCACAUUCUGGAGCCACAUUGCAGCCUACUAUGCAGCUAGUCCGAAGGUGGAAAGAGGAGAUAAGCGAGGAGUUCUUCAAUGCAAGCAAAGGUGGCAGAAGAUCAACGAUUUUGUUUGCAAGUUAUGUGGAUCCUAUGCGGCUGCAACAAGACAGAAAACAAGUGGUCAGAGUGAGAGUAAUGUUGUGAAACUCGCACACGAAAUUUUUUUCAACGAUCAAAAGAUUAAAUUUAACCUUCACCAUGCUUGGGAGGAGCUCCGCUAUGACCAGAAAAGGUGUGAGCAUGCUAGUAGUAAUCUUGGUGGAAGCGCUAAGAAGAAAAAGUGUGAGGAUGGAGCAGAAACAGCAAGCUCUCAAGCUACUAUCAAUGUAGAUGAUCAACCUACCAAACGUCCACCUGGAGUUAAGGCUGCGAAAGCAGCUUCUGCAAAGAAACCAAUAGUAGAUAAGGAGGCUGAUGAAAAGUUUGACAAGAUGUGCUCUAUUAAAGAGAAAGACUUGACCCUGAAAGAAAGACUUUCCAAAAUGGGUCUGCUUGACAGUCUCAUUUAA